AUGGCCGCGCCUAAUGGCUAUGAGCCACCGCCGGGCUACGAUGACGAUACUUCACAGAAUGGCGCAACAAUGCGCCUCCUCGCGAGCACAGAUGACCUCUCAUAUCAAGCGUCAGUACCUCCUUACGCAGAGCCUCCCAGAGCGUCUCCCCAGGAACUCUUUCAGCGAGCACAGGAGCGAUUGAGAUCCGGCGCACACCAGAGACCUCCCCCUUCACCCACUCAGAUCCAGCCUGAGCAUACACAGAGCCAAGAUGAGCUCAAUUCCCUGUUGCGUGAUGUCGAGAGCGAUCUUGCCUCCUCCCGACUUUCGGCCCCCAGAACGAAGCGAUACAAAGUCCAUUUCCGCGACAGAAGUACAGACAACAUACACGACCUUGCAACUCCUGCAAGUGAUCUAGGCUCAUUACCUCCUUUCAACAGACCGCCGAGUCCGAUCAGACCCUCGCCAAUCAGACCGUCACCCAUCAGACCUGGGAGCAGAGGACCUUCUAUUCUGGACGGUGCUCCUGGUAUGCCUCCUCCAGGUAACGACUACGAUCCAUAUCGACCAUCAUCGCGAUCUUCGCAGUCACCAUCGAAGCACUUCGGUACACCGCGAGGCUCCCGAGAAUAUGCACGACCGCCGGCCACGAACAUUCCAUUCGAGCCAGCAGAUAUCAACGGUGGUCCUCGGCCAGGUACACCUUCAUCACAAUAUGGUGGCUCGCCGAAGCGACCACUGCCACCAGCACCACUCUUCGCUGCAGGGCGACCUCCUUCAAUGGACAUUGAUCGCGAGAAAGAGCCUAGCAUGACCGAGAUUCCGAUCGAUGGCCCUGAUGAUGUGUUCGGGUUGCCAACAGGCGAGAGCGAGAUCACCGAUGAACGCCCUGUGCUCGAAUCGCGCGAUAGUUUCGUGUCGGAUUCGACGCUCACAGAUGGUGAUGGGAUGUACUCAGCGAAAUUGGAAGACGAUGAUGAUCUGUACGGUCCAGCACCGUCAGGAAAGCAAGAGCGACGAGGAGCACGACAAGCACAAAUGGCAAAGAAAGAGGUCAGACUGAUCAACGGCGAACUGAUCCUAGAGUGCAAGAUCCCGACAAUUCUAUACUCUUUCCUACCUCGACGCGAUGAUGUCGAGUUCACGCACAUGCGGUACACAGCCGUGACGUGCGAUCCGGAUGACUUCCUGGACCGUGGAUACAAGCUUCGACAGAACAUCGGCCAGACAGCGAGAGAGACGGAGCUGUUCAUCUGCGUGACAAUGUACAACGAGAACGAGAUAGAUUUCACCCGCACCAUGCAUGGUGUGAUGCGCAACAUUGCACACUUCUGCAGUCGAGCCAAGUCAAGGACAUGGGGCAAAGAUGGCUGGCAAAAGAUAGUCGUCUGUGUCAUUUCCGACGGUCGAGCGAAAGUACAUCCUAGGACGCUUGACGCACUCGCAGCAAUGGGCUGCUACCAAUCUGGUAUCGCAAAGAACUUGGUGAACCAGCGAGAAGUUACAGCCCACGUUUACGAGUACACAACACAGGUCUCACUCGACUCCGACCUCAAGUUCAAAGGCGCUGAGAAGGGUAUUGUCCCGUGUCAGAUGAUCUUUUGUUUGAAGGAGAAGAAUGCAAAGAAGCUCAACAGUCAUCGUUGGUUCUUCAAUGCCUUUGGCAGAGCUCUAGUUCCAAACGUCUGCAUUCUGCUCGAUGUUGGUACAAGGCCUGGCGAUGACUCGCUAUAUCACUUGUGGAAGGCAUUCGAUCGAGACUCGAACGUGGCUGGUGCAGCAGGAGAGAUCAAGGCUGCCAAAGGACGAAUGGGUCUAUCGCUGCUGAACCCGCUCGUCGCAUCGCAAAAUUUCGAAUACAAAAUGUCGAAUAUUCUGGACAAGCCCCUAGAGUCAGUCUUCGGAUACAUCACCGUCCUGCCUGGUGCACUCAGCGCAUACCGGUACCACGCCCUGCAGAACGACGAGACUGGCCAUGGACCGCUUAGCCAGUACUUCAAGGGCGAGACACUACACGGUCAAGAUGCGGACGUCUUCACCGCAAACAUGUAUCUUGCUGAGGAUCGUAUUCUUUGUUGGGAGCUUGUUGCAAAGCGUAACGAGCGAUGGGUGCUCAAGUAUGUGCGCACAGCUACCGGAGAGACCGAUGUGCCGGAUGCUGUUCCAGAGUUCAUCUCACAACGUCGUCGAUGGCUGAACGGAGCCUUCUUCGCCGCUGUGUACUCCCUCCUGCAUUUCAAGCAAAUCUGGACGACCGAUCACACCAUUGCCCGCAAGGUUCUCCUGCACGUCGAGUUCUUGUAUCAGUUUGUGCAGCUACUGUUCACCUUCUUCUCGCUUGGCAACUUCUACCUGACUUUCUACUUCAUCGCUGGCUCGCUCGCAGACAAGAAAGUCGACCCCUUCGGACACGGCAUCGGAAAUUUCAUCUUCAUUGUGCUACGGUACACGUGUGUACUCACCAUCAUGAUCCAGUUCAUCCUAUCCAUGGGUAAUCGACCGCAAGGAGCGAAAAAGAUGUUCUUGGCUUCCUUGAUCGUCUUCUCGAUCAUCAUGGUCUACAACACCUUUGCAGCAAUCUACAUCGUCGCGCGACAACUGAGUGAGGGGAGUGAUAUCAGCUUCGGCAACAAUGUCUUCACGAACCUGAUUGUCUCCACGCUAUCGACCGUUGGACUGUACUUCCUGAUGAGCUUCAUGUACCUGGACCCGUGGCACAUGUUUACCUCAUCAGCGCAGUACUUCGCACUACUGCCGUCAUACGUCUGCACCCUUCAGGUCUACGCUUUUUGCAACGCUCACGAUGUUACAUGGGGUACGAAGGGUGACAAUGUUAUCAACAAGGACCUGGGUGUGGCGAAGAUCAACAAGAACGGGACUGUGGAACUGGAGAUGCCAUCCGAACAGCUCGACAUCGAUUCUGGGUACGACGAGGCACUACGGAAUCUGCGAGACAGAAUCGAAGUUCCAGCACCAGGAGUAUCAGAGAGUCAAAUGCAAGAGGACUACUACAAGUCUGUGCGAACAUACGUCGUCAUCGUCUGGAUGGCAAUGAACGCAAUCUUGGCUAUGGGCGUCAGCGAGAUCUACAGCAACACGCACGUCGCUGACAACUACUACCUCAAAUUCAUCUUGUGGAGUGUAGCAUGUCUUGCGCUCUUCCGUGCCAUUGGUAGCACUGCUUUCCUGAUCAUCAAUAUGAUCCACUCGAUCAUGGACGGCAAGCUCAAGUGGUCCAGCAAAGCAUCGUCUGCAUUUGGCGGAAGCAAUAAGAGUCUUGGUGGAGGCAGAAGCGUAGGAGGCUGGAGUAGUAAACUGAGUACGCCGAGCUGGAUGAGCAGUACAGGGAGCUGGCUCAGUAGCAAGGCGAGCAGUUGGACGCCGAGCAGUAUUGGCAGCAACUUUGGACGAUAG